UCGUGAGAGUCACCUGACUAAAACAAAUUCAUAUGCUGGACAAUGCUUCUUGCUAGCUUUUUAAGAUCCUCGCCUGCUCGUUAUUCCAACUAGCAAUGUAAAAUGUCAUAAAACAAUUUAAUCUCAAUGGGGCUCAAGACACUGCUCAGUUUCUGAUCUUCCUGUUUUUAGUGUUCUGUGGUCCAAAAAUACAAACAGAAAUGCCUCACACAGCGGCUGUGAUCAGUGGAAUCCAGAGGUUGGUUCUGUAUGAAACCAGAGCUAGAUAUUUUUUGGUGGGAAGCAAUCAGGCGCAAACCAAACACAGAGUCCUGAAAAUCGACCGCACGGAACCCAAGGACCUGGUUGUAAUUGACGACAAGCAUGUGUACACUCAACAAGAAGUGCGGGAGCUACUGGGUCGCCUGGACUUGGGGAACCGCACCAAGAUUGGCCAGAAGGGGUCUUCAGGCCUGUCCAGGGCGGUCACAGCCUGCGGCAUCGUUGGGUUCGUGCGUUUCCUGGAAGGUUACUACAUAGUGCUGAUCACCAAACAGAGGAAGAUGGCAGACAUCGGUGGCCAUUCCAUUUACAAGAUUGAAGACACCAAUAUGAUCUACAUUCCCAAUGACUCAGUCAGAGUCACGCACCCUGAUGAAGCACGAUACGUCAGAAUAUUUCAAAAUGUGGACCUGUCCAGCAACUUCUAUUUCAGCUACAGCUACGACCUGAGCCACUCGCUUCAGUACAACCUGACUCUGCUUCAGAGGCCGUACGAACUCUGGUCUUCAUCCGUUGUUUCUACUGAAGAAGAGGUGCACACGCAGAACAAACAGGACUCGUUUGACAUCUUUGAGGACGAGGGAUUGCCCACACAAGUUGUGUACGGCCUCCGGAAUGAACCCUACUACAAGUACGUUUGGAACAGGAGGUUGCUGGAUCAGGUCAAGGAUGUCGUGCAUCAGGACUGGCUCAUGUAUAUAAUCCAUGGCUUCUGUGGCCAGUCUAAGCUCCUGAUCUACGGCCGACCCGUCCACAUCACCCUCAUCGCCAGACGAUCCAGUAAAUUCGCCGGGACCCGCUUCCUGAAAAGAGGAGCAAACUGUGAGGGAGACGUUGCCAAUGAGGUGGAGACGGAGCAGAUCGUCCAUGACGCCUCAGUCAUGUCCUUCACGACAGGAAGUUACUCCUCCUAUGUUCAAGUGCGCGGUUCAGUUCCUCUUUACUGGUCCCAGGACAUUUCAACCAUGAUGCCGAAACCUCCCAUAAGACUGGACCAGGCUGACCCAUACGCGCAUGUGGCGGGGCUCCACUUUGACCAGAUGCUGCAGAGGUUUGGAUCACCAAUAAUCAUCCUCAACCUUGUCAAGAAGCGGGAGAAGAGAAAACAUGAAAAGAUCCUGAGCGAAGAGCUGUACCCUGCUGUGACCAACCUCAAUCAGUUUCUCCCUCCUCAGCACUGGAUCGACUACAUCGCCUGGGACAUGGCUCGCUACACCAAAAGCAAGUUGUGCAACGUGUUGGACCGUCUGAGCAUGAUCGCAGAGAACGUGGUGAAGCGGACCGGCUUCUUCAUAAACCGAGCCGACUUCUACUGUCACAACCUCAGACCGGACGACAGAUGGGGAGACGUGAGAGGUCAGCACACCGACGGCGGACGGUUGCAGACUGGUGUGCUGCGGACCAACUGUGUGGACUGUCUGGACCGGACCAAUACUGCUCAGUUUAUGGUGGGAAAGUGUGCGCUGGCCUAUCAGCUUUAUGCACUGGGGAUGAUUGAUAAACCCAAACUACAGUUCGACACCGACUGCGUCAGAUUGUUUGAGGAGCUGUACGAGGACCACGGGGACACCCUGUCUCUCCAGUACGGGGGCUCCCAGCUGGUCCAUAGAGUCAAGACCUACAGGAAGAUAGCUCCCUGGACCCAGCACUCCAAGGACAUCAUGCAGACGCUCUCUCGCUACUAUAGCAAUGCCUUUUCAGAUGCCGACAGACAAGACUCCAUCAACUUAUUUCUCCAGGUGUACCAGCCUUCUGAGUCCGGCCCUCACCUGUGGGAGCUGCCCACCGACUUCUACCUCCACCAGCGGAGCACCAUGACGCUCCCUCUGGACCGGCGCAGCUACACUCUGUGGUGGUCAGAAGGAAUCCUGUCGUUUCUCCCUGUGCCCUACGAUGAAGUUCCUUGUCAGGAAACCAUGAAGAAGGUGACGGUGAAGAGAGUGAACAGAUACGAUGAGAGCAUCGACAUCUACACAGAGUUCUUCAAACCUUACGAGCUCACAUUGUUCGACGACACCUUCUGCAUCGAGAUGACCAACUCGGCGCGAGAAUUCAUGCCAAAAACGCUGGGAGUGGAUCCGAGCCCCUUCACCGUUCGCAAGCCGGAGGAAACCGGGAAAUCAGUGCUGGGCAACAAAAGCAGCAAGGAGGAGACACUACUGCAGAGGAAGACUGCGGCCAGCGCGCCGCCUCCUCCCAGCGAGGAGGCCAUCUCCAGCACGUCCGAGGACGACUCUGAAGAGGACCGCGACGACGACGGCUCCGUGUCUCAGCGCUCAACGCCGGUGAAGGUUCUGACCGAGUCCGGGGAGAGCAACCGCACACAGGAGGAGGCCCACCAGCAGGGGCUGAAGGAGCCGUAUGGCCUUCAUCUGGACGUGCCUCCUGCGGAUGAAGACGUCCUCACCUACGAGAGGUUCGCUCGACUGGGCCACAGCCAGCAGCAGGUGGACAGAAGCGGACACAUAAACCUGGCAAACAUCGUCUGCUUAGAGCCGGUCUCCUGCUUCCCGGAGGACAGCGUCUACGGCGUCUCUCUGCCGCAGGUCAACCGCAGCAGCCGCGAUGUGUUCGAGACCCAUGUGAUGACGGGGCGGGGCCAGGUGAGGGCGCUGUGCAGGGAGGACAUGCUGAUGUACCGCGAGUACGUCAAGAACCGGUACAUGUGAGAGCCCACCGCCCGACAUGUUUUACUCCUCUGUUCAGGAAAACUGGAUUUUAUUUCUUUAUCUAUUUUAUUUUAAACAGUUUUUAGAUCUCCAUCAUCAAAUGGUGCCUCAAUUUAAAUUAUUUUAAAUGCUGUUCUUUUUGUAUUUCUAAUCUUUAAAAUCAUGCUGAAUAUCGCCAUACUUUUGUAAAAUAAUGUUUUCUGUUCCUCAGACUUCGUUUUUACAUUUUAAUUGUAUUAUACGAGUCCUAAAAUGUCAUUUUGCUCGUAUGAUAUAUCAUAAAUUAAAGCAUACAAAGCAAACCCGGUGUCUUGAUGGUCUUUGAAACUUGUGUAGAUAAAUAUUACAAAUUCUAAACAUUCAUUCUUUUUUCACAAAUGUAUAAAAGAAAUAAAAUGCAUUUUAUUCUAU